AUGAGCUCUAGCCCACCAGCUCGGAGAAUAUCCUAUGUGAUACCUCCUGCAACGUACAAUGUUCCUCGUCUAUCAUUACCACAUUUGGGAGCCGACCGCCAUGGAAGCACCACGCCCCUUAUCAUCUCGACUGGCCACGAAGAGGAAAACGACUCCAUAACUCGAACACAGCCAUCACAUGCGUCGGAAAGAAUGCACCCAAAGCAUCGACUAGGAGUGUCUUCGUUUGCGCUUGAUACGUCGACCAAGUUGCUCGGCAAGAAUACUCCGGAAGGUAUCCUAUAUUCUGGAGGAAGAGACGGGCAAAUUAUUGCACAUGAGCUUGGUGUAAGUUUAAGGCAACGCUCAAGGGCAUAUGGGACCACCCCAGAAGGGAAAGGCAAAGUCAAUAGUUGGGAAGCAAUCACCGGUUGGAACGAAACCGACGAGGAGACUGAUGAUGAAGAUAAAAGAGCCACUAAUUCAUCCGAAUUGCCGUUUGAAAAUGCAUGGGAAAUGGACACUUCCUCAGGAGAGUCAUCGCUGAAAUUAUCAUUUCGACAAUCAGUACAAAGUCACUCCGACUGGGUUAAUGAUAUACUUUUAUGCAACUUUAACCGAACCAGUAAGUAUCCCUCAUUUGAUCUGUUGAUCUACACUAAGCACUUUCUAGUCGUAUCAUGCUCUUCGGAUGGAACUGUGAAAGCGUGGAGUCCUCAUGACCCGUCCAGCUCUGCAGAUCCGGUCAUUCUUGGUCGACACAGCGAUUAUGUUCGAUGCUUAGCCCAGUCAAAGCACCAGAACUGGGUCGCCUCCGGCUCUUUUGAUCGAACAAUUAAGCUCUGGGAUCUUUCUAGCAAGCGUCAAGAGCCAAUACGUGCCUUGUUGCCUUCAGAGGCCAAUAACGCCAAGUCAUCUGUGUAUGCUUUGGCAACGGAUACCACCGGUUCAUUCCUCGCCUCUGGAGGACCAGAAAGAGUAGUUCGAUUGUGGGACUCUCGCAGCGGUAAACGUACAGGAAAAUUGGUCGGACAUACCGACAAUAUCAGAAGCAUUUUGAUUUCUCAAGACGGUCGUUAUGUAAGUAUUAUGCAUCAAAACCUCGCAUCAGUCUCACCUCUAUUUAGCUUCUUACUGGAUCAGCGGAUGCCUCAAUCAAACUCUGGUCAUUGGCCUCAUCGAAUCGGAGACCGAGCUGGAAACGUCUGCCGUGUCGAUAUGGAUGGUUGUGCGUCCUUAUCAGAAGGAGAAUGUGUUCUACUCUGCAAAGAGACACCGUCCAAAGAAAGUAUCGGAACAGAAGGCAUCAAUAACUUGGUGGUCCUCGAUGAUCAGUUUGUAUGGACAGCAACCGCCAGCUCCACAAUCAACUGUUGGAAGGUUCCUCCUGCACGACACAACAGGAUUGCCAAUUCGCCUGGCGAUGGCGAGCAGGAAUUUACAUCUUCACCAACUGCUUUCGCAACUCCGCUUUCUCCAUUUGGGAUCGGUUUAGAUUCCAACACAAGAAAGUCGCGGAAUAGGCAUUCGCUAAAUGCAGAAAGAGAUGGUUGGACUCGGUCAGAGAGCCCUGCCUCUCUUCCUGACCUAACCUCGAAGCGGAGAGAGUCAGUGGGAGGAACAUCUCCACUCAGCAUUCCUCGUGGUGGGAGUGCUCUGAGUACAGAUAUGCCGGACUCGAAUCCUUCAGAUACAUCCCUUCAUACGGCAGGAGGUCGAACCCCAGGAGUUACAUCACCGCCUGCCGGAACCAAUAAUACCCUAUUCG